UUUAAUCUGCAAAACAUUUUCGAGCACAUCUUAAUUAAUAUUUUGGAACUAUAUAUAUUUGACGAUUACUAUUACAAUAUUAGUUACUUUGUAUGUAAAUAUCGUAACGUAUUUAGUUAAUGAAGGGAUAGACAAAUGGAUUGAUUUCCCAUCGGCAGUAGUGGAGGCCGACACUUUACAGGAGCUUGAGAGGAAUCACUGAAUUCCUGAAAAAUUAAGGAAGUUCCAGUGAUAGUGGACAACACUACUGGUAUAACUUCCCAGGACCAGUGUUCGACCUUAUCUGCAGAGGAGGUACAGACCUUAAUUCACAAAGAGCUAGAUUCCUAUGUUCAGCUGGUGAUUUCUUCUCCUUUUCAACCUGAUGAUGUGUCUGAGGAAGAAUAUAAUGAAGAAUAAAACAAUUUGGACUCCCUUUUUCCAGCACCUUCUUAUUUUGAUUCCUUUUCUGUGUGGACCAUGGCUGUAGCCCUGGCCUUGCAGGCUGUAGUGUGGGAGUGGAUGGGAGCUGAUUCACGUUGGAAGUCUUACCCACCAGAAGUGGCCCAGCUCCUUGAAAGAGCCCAUGGGAAAGGUUUAAACAUGGUCCGACUGGGAGAUGCUGAAGCUUCUCUAACUUAUUAUUCUGUGAAUCUUAAAGAAUUCAUACAAAUCUCUGACAUAACAGGCUCUUCAUGCCCUGUUCGUAGGAAAAUAUACCCAGAAGGAAGUCCAGCUGCUCGGGGUAUUCUGUGGCAGUGGUCAGGAGACCAACAUGGAGUGUGGGAAAACUAUGAUAUUGGAGUGGCUAACUACAUUGAAGGUGCUUUUCAACAGGGAAGGAAAUAUAUCGACCUGAGUCAGUUUUUGAAAGGCUACAACUACACGGUGAACUUCAAACCUAUGAGUCAGAUCAAUAACCUCACUGGGUACAGGAGAUCAGUGAGACGAAUCAGAACAACAGCUUUUCCACUGGUUAGAAAUGCUGUAAAUACCAGCAGUAUUCGUAAUACUUAUGCAGGUGGACAAGUCCUUGUUGCUAUUGCAAAUCAGGAUGACAAGCACAGUAACAGUAAUGAAACCAAAGGUUCUGUUACAAAAGGAAAAAAAGCCCAUGGGAUUUUAAACCAUGUUACAAAUCUUGCAGCCAAAGCAGCUAAAACUGUAAAAGAAUCUAAUCCAAAGAGUAGUUUAUCAUUUUCAUCUUCUGUAGAUGGCAAAUGUCCAAGUCCUGCUACACUUCCACAGAACAUGAAACUCAUGCCUGCAAAGUCUUCAAAAAAAUGGAACAAUGUACCUGCACCAAAGGGAAGUCAGAACAUCUCAUUCUUGGGUAACGGUGUAGCUCCAGCCCAAACACCUUGUAGACCAAUUUUCUGGCCUCCAUACACUCCCGAUACACAGCUCAAACCUGUCCCCGGUAUUAAACCUCCAAAGACUGUUCGCAAAAAAUCAAAGAAACAUCAAACUAGCAUCAAUGAAGUUAUUGACCAGUUUUCCAAGGAAUUAACCAUCAGGGAUGUAUUAGAGGACUGCAUAAUUUGCUGUGAUACACUUACUGAAGGAUCUCCUUACGACAAUGAUCCAAGAUUGGUGGCAUUACUUCAUUGUAACCACAUUUUUCACCGUUCUUGUUUGAAGGAGAUGUACAUCUCUGGCCCAAAGGAUGGCCAUUUGCAGUGUCCUACUUGUAAAACAAUUUAUGGUGAAAAAACAGGUAUCCAGCCUCCAGGGUCAAUGGAUUUUCAUCUUGUACCUCACUGCCUUCCUGGUUACCCUGGUUAUAGUACUAUACACAUUAUCUACAAUAUUUCUCCUGGAAUUCAGGGUCCUGAGCAUCCUAACCCUAAUAAACCCUACACGGCUCGUGGAUUUCCACGGCACUGUUACCUGCCCGAUACAGAUAAAGGAAGAAAAGUGCUGAGACUCUUAGUCAAGGCAUGGGAACGCCGGCUUAUCUUUACUGUCGGGGUGUCAUCUACAACUGGUGAACCAAACACAGUAACUUGGAACGAAAUUCACCAUAAGACUGAAUUUGGCUCAAAUAUCACAGGCCACGGUUAUCCAGAUCCUCAGUAUUUGGACAAUGUUCUAACAGAAUUAACACUGCAAGGCAUUUCAGAGUGAUAGAUAACUCAUGCUCAGAAACUGUAAACUUAGAAAUUUGCACUUGUUAAGGAAUGGUCACUGAGUUUUGUAAAGCUUUAAGAAUAAUGUGAUAUCACUUAAGCAAGCCUUUUUUAACUUUUAUGAAAGUGUAUGUGCAUUAUAAAUAUGCACGCACACACAUUAUAUGACCUUAUUCUGUGUUUUCUUCAAUUGUUCUCUACAAUUUUAAAAAUCGUUAAGAUACAUCAUAUAUUUCAGUAUUUACAUGUAUUGAUCAAAAUUCGGUUAACAAUUUUCUCACAUUCCUUAACAAUAUUUCAAGUUUAGAAAUGCUGUGUAGUAUUGACCUUCCAAUAUGUAAUAAUAUGUGGUUUUGGUUUUGUUAUUAGAGGUUCUACAUUUAGUCUGUUAAAAAAAAGGAAUUCAUUGUAAAGCUUUAUUGUUGAAGACAUUUUUUAUUCAUACUUUAUUUGUGUUUCAAAAUAAGAUAGAUCAGACUUUCUCGUGUACAAAAGUUUUCUACGUUCUCCUGUUAAAGGAAAUUGCCUGGACGUUUGUUUGUUCAUGUUGCUUUGAUAAAAGUUUUAUUGGAAGCAUGUUCUGAAUACAACUGGAACAUUAUAUUUUUAUUCUCAGUAGAAAAAGUAUGCUUAGUAGUUAUUUUUAUUUUAAAACAGAGUAUACAAUAUUUUUUCUCAGUUUGAAAUCUAUGUACAGCUGUCAAAAGGAAAUGUUGUACCUGAUACUGAUAGUUAUGAGUAGCUUUGUAUAAAAAAUAUAUAUAUGUAUACAGUUUAUGUACCUGCAUGAGUUGCAGCAUAUAAUAAAUAUUUUCUAUGGUUUUUUUUACAA